AUGUGCAUGGGUGCACGGGGCAGCCCUGAACCUUUCCGCCGCUGUGUUGCAGCGGCUGACCAGGUGCCACUGAUGGAGGACUUGGAGCAGAUCUUUCUGCGCUCCUGGCGGGAGUCUCACCUGACCGAGAUCCGGCAGUACCAGCAGGUGCCACUGCAGCCCUUCCCGCCUGCACCCAGCACCGUGGUGCCCGUGACCUCAGCACAGCUGCCCUGGCUGGCUGGCCUGGCUGCCAGCUCCUGCAAUGACAGCGUGCACGUCAUCGAGUGCACCUACUCCCUGGCCGAGGGCCUCUCUGAGAUGUUCAGGCUGCUCAUUGAGGGCAAGCUCGCCAAGACCAACUACGUGGUCAUCAUCUGCGCCUGCCGCAAUGCCGCCAUAGACUCCUGCAUCGCUGUCACUGGAAAAUACCAAGCCCGGAUCCUCUCUGAGAGCCUCCUCACCCCAGCAGAGUACCAGAAAGAAGUCAAUUAUGAGCUGGUCACAGGGAAAGUGGACUCUUUGGGGGCCUUCUUCAGUUCCCUCUGUCCAGAGGGUGACAUUGACAUUUUGCUGGACAAAUUUCAUCAGGAAAAUCAAGGUCACAUUUCUUCCUCACUUACUGCCUCCUCCGUCACUAAAGGAAUGUCACUGGAUGUCAGUGGAUCACUGGUGUGCACAAGUUACAGUCUGGAGCCACAUGGUAUCCGGCCCUUCCAGUUGGCAGUGGCACAGAAGCUCCUCUCCCACGUGUGUUCGAUUGCGGAUUCCAGCACCCAAAACCUGGAUUUGGGGUCCUUUGAGAAGGUGGACUUCCUAAUUUGCAUCCCACCCUCCGAGGUGACCUAUCAGCAGACACUGUUCCAUGUCUGGCAUUCAGGGGUUUUACUGGAGCUUGGCCUGGAAAAGGAGCACAUGACCAAGCAGAGGGUAGAACAGUAUGUUUUGAAGCUAGACGUGGAGGCACAGACAAAAUUCAAGGCCUUUCUGCAAAACUCCUUCCAGAAUCCACACACGCUCUUUGUCCUAAUCCAUGACCAUGCCCACUGGGAUCUUGUGAGUAGUGCUGUUCAUAACCUCUAUUCUCAAAACGACCCAUCCGUGGGACUGGUGGACAGAUUGCUCAACUGCAGGGAGGUAAAGGAGGCGCCCAACAUCGUAACCCUCCAGGUGACCUCCUUCCCAUACGCGCUGCAGACACAGCACACCCUCAUUAGUCCCUACAAUGAGAUCCACUGGCCCGCCUCCUACAGCAAGGGAGUGGACUUAUAUCAUGAAAAU